CAAGGUUUAGAGAGGAUGAGUCUAAACGAUGCGGCGAAGACAGGGAAAAUAGCGGUGUGGUGGGACAUGAAGGAGUGUCCGGUUCCAGAGGGUAUUGAUGCUCAUCGUGUACGACCGAGUAUAGAAGGAGGGUUCAAGGAACUAGGCUACUCUGGUCCUGUCUCAAUCACAGCCUAUGGAGACCAAAAACAAACCCCUGAAUACCUCCUACGAGCUCUCUCUUCCACUGGAGUCGCUGUGGUACAUGUCAGAUCUGAGAGCACGUGCGCAGUCAUGUAUGAGCAUAUGAUGAAUUGGCGAGAGGAGAAUCCUCCUCCGGCUAUAAUGAUGAUCAUAACCAAUCAGAUGCUAGAUGUCUUCGAUUGGGAUCUGGCCCGGCUACAACAACAACGCACGGGUUACCACAUUUGUCUGGCUUAUACAAUUAGGCAACGUGCAGAAUUGAUCGUGGACACUCGCAAGGAGUGGCUCUGGGAAAAAUUACUACUUGGGACGACGACGUCCACAAGCGCGGGUGAAUUAUCUACCGUGUUUCAUUGCGAAUAUUGCUCUUUGGAUUGCCAAAGCCUGAAUUGUUUCAAGGAGCAUCUCUCCACUAAAAAGCAUCAACUCCAAGAGGUUGUACGCCCUAAGCCUACAGAACUCGUAUCAGCAACGAAGAGGUGGGGGAAAAACUACGCUGCGACGCCUGAAUAUGCUACAGCUAAAAUCCAUGUGUGGUGGGACAUGUUUGACUGUCCUAUUCCCGACGGUUAUGAUGCUCGUCGGGUCCGUCCUAGUUUGGAAGGAGCUUUCAAGGAACUAGGCUACUCUGGUCCUGUCUCCAUCACUGCCUUUGGCGACCAUACACAAACCCCUAAACGCCACCUUCAAGCCCUCUCUUCCACUGGAAUCGAUGUUGCACAUGCCACUCUUGGAGUCAUAUCUUCUCGCAUCUUUGAUGAUUUGAUGGAAUGGCGAGGUCGUAUUACUACUCCGGCUACAAUGAUGAUCAUAUCGGAUGGGGUUGAAGAACUUAUUGCCAAGCUACAACAACGAAUCAAAUUCAACCUGUUUUGGGCUUAUUCUUGUAGGCCUUGGACAAUGUCAGUCGUGCUCACUUCUGCUGAGUGGCUCUGGGAUAGCUUACUUGCAGUUUCAGCGACAAAACGACAUGUUCUUCGGAACUGUAGUGCAAGUGUUGUUGAAUCUACCGGAAUGUUUUAUUGCAAACUGUGCUACACUAAGCGCACACUCCUGGAUAAAUUCAUUAAGCAUCUUUCGAGUAAAAAACAUCUCUCUCAAGAGGGGUGUAUUACUGAUCGUCGUCGACGUGCCAAGAAGCACCGACUGUUCUGGCUCAAGGAGUAUCAUUUUCCAAAGAGCAAGCGGUUGAAGAAUGCUCCUUAGUAGAGGAGUUAUGACUUAAGUUAUCAGUCUGAUCCUAUCUUUAUUUUUCGUUUUCUAGUCUGUGUUUCUGUUUGAAUUAUUUUAUUUUUCUUUUUGGACGCACCUUUUUAUUUUGUUUUGCUUGUUUAUUUCACCAAACAAUAUUGCUCUAUAUAUAUAAGUUUAAUCGUGUUAUUUGCUGUUUA